AGUAAAGUUCACGGAGGUCACAAUAGAAGAGGAUGUGAUGUAGUUUCCCUUCCGCCUCGCGCAACCUCUUUUCGUUGAGGCACAGCUAUCGGCCGGCCUGCAAAGAUGCAGAUUUUCGUGAAGACGUUGACGGGGAAGACCAUCACCCUUGAGGUCGAGCCCAGCGAUACUAUCGAAAAUGUCAAAGCCAAGAUCCAGGAUAAGGAAGGUAUUCCUCCCGAUCAGCAACGUUUGAUUUUCGCUGGCAAGCAGCUUGAAGAUGGACGCACUCUGUCGGACUACAACAUCCAGAAAGAGUCCACCCUGCAUCUCGUGCUGCGUCUUCGUGGAGGCAUCAUUGAGCCUUCUCUUAGACAGCUGGCCCAGAAGUACAACUGUGACAAGAUGAUCUGCCGCAAGUGCUACGCCCGUCUCCAUCCUCGCGCUGUCAACUGCCGCAAGAAGAAGUGUGGACACACCAACAACCUGCGCCCCAAGAAGAAGCUCAAGUAGACUGUUGUGUUGUUGCCUUCUGUGGGCUUGAUACAGAACUGUUCUGAUCUGUUAAAUAAAUGGUAAAAAGACA